AUGUUCGCUUUUCUCCAAUCCCAUCCUGUUUUGGCGCUGGGAUGCGCAGUCCUACUCGCGUCUGUGGGCCAGCUUCUUCGCAAAGCUCAUGCCCUCCGUUCGCAGUCCCGAAAGCUGCCUGGACCUCCCCACUCAUGGCUUUUUGGCCAUGCGAAAUCUAUGAACGAAGUUGCAUCCGCUCUUCCUCGUGCCGUACAUCCUCACCUAUAUGCAAACUCUCUAAGGCAGAAAUUCAAGCUAGGCUCGUUCUUCUACAUGGACAUUUGGCCGUUUAGUGACAGUCUCCWCGUGAUUUGCGAUCCUGAAAUCUGCCAGCAGGUCGCGCUAGAUACAAACGUGACGAAACAUCGCAGUUCGAGCGACUUCCUCAAAGAUCUAGUCGGCCCAAAUGAUAUGGUAUCCACAAGCGGCGCGGAGUGGAAGAAGUGGCGGACGAUGUUCAACCCGGGUUUCGCAACUCAACAUCUCAUGACUCUCGUACCAGGCAUCGUGUCCGACGCGGAGAUAUUCGUCAAAAAGCUCGAUGAGCAUGUCGAAGCUCAGGACGUCUUCAAGUUGGAAGAAGCAACAACACGUCUGACAGUCGACAUCAUUGGAAAGGUUGCCAUGAAUCUUGACUUCAACAUGCAGAAUGACGAGAAUGAAUGCAUCGCAGCUUUCCGCGAACAAGUUCAGCUUAUCCCAAAUGGUCUUACUUUGCUGGAAUGGUACAAUCCGUGGGGCUGGUUUCUCCGCUGGAGAAACCAAAGAAUUAUGGUGGCCUACAUUGGCAAGGUACUGGAUGCAAGAUUCGCAAGGCGACUAGCUGAUUCCGAGGGCAAAGACAAGACACCGUCACGGAAAAGUCGAACUGUACUAGACCUAGCGCUCGAUAGCUAUCUCUCUGGCGAGACUGACUCCGAAGAAAAGGUCGAGCAUAUCCGAGACGGUCCCGCUCCAGCCAUGGAUAGUGCUUUCAAGGCAGGUGUAAUCACCCAGAUUCGGACUUUUAUCUUCGCGGGCCAUGAUACCACGAGCUCAACACUAUGUUACGCUUUCUACCUCCUCUCGAAGCAUCCAUCUGCCCUCCAGCGGAUCCGGGCCGAACAUGAUGAAAUUCUCGGGAAGGAUGCAGAUACUGCAGCGGCGGCGAUCAAGGCGAAUCCCCAUCUCCUGAACAAGUUGGACUAUACUCUAGCAGUAAUCAAAGAGACUCUUCGGCUCUUUCCUCCAGCAUCCGCUCCUCGUGCAGGAGCCAAAGAUCUUUUCAUCCGCGAUCCCAAGACUGGUGAGAUGUAUCCGACAGAAGGAUACCUAGUAUGGCUGGUCCAUCAUGGAGUUCACUACAACGAGGAUGUAUGGGGACCUACGGCAGGCUUGUUUGAUCCGGACAGAUUCAUGCCUAGUAGAGCUGGUCAUGUUCCAGAGGGUGCUUUCAGGCCGUUUGAAACGGGGCCGAGGAAUUGCUUGGGGCAGAAUUUGGCGAUCUUAGAGUCGAGAGUCGUGCUGGCGUUGACUUGUAGGAAGUUCGACUUUGAAUUGAAGCUCGGAGAGGAGAGCGAGAAGAGGGCAAAGAUGUGGACGCAGGGAAAGCAGGACGUCGAUGGUGAAGAGAUGUAUCAGGUUCUUAUUGGAGCGGCGAAGCCGCGGGAGGGAAUGCCGGUGAGGGUGCGAAAGGCGAAUGUAUAA